CUGAAUUAGUUUCCCUGACAUUUGCUGUUGAUGCUGGACAUCAUUUUUAUCUUCCUACCUUAUUUUCUUAUUUAAAAAUAAAGAAAUUAAAAUUUGAUUAAUACCCACCUGGGUUAACAAUAUUUAGACGGUCUUAAGCAACAUAAUACAAGACAAGGUAACACUAGUCACUAGACUCACUAUUCAUAUUCAUAUUUUUUAUUAUUAUUUUAUCUAUCUUAGAGUCUACCUGCCUACGACGACAACUAAUUACUACUACUAAUCAACCAUUAUUUCCUCUCAGUUCAGUCUGAAUUCAGACUCGCUUAGUUAGUACUUAGACUUAGUUGUCUGAGUCUGAACAUUCUUACUAGACUCAAGUCAAGUCUCUUAUUUAAUAUUUAUGUACCUUUUUCACAAUACAUAAAGUUUAUGUAUUGCUUGUGACUUAUUCUUCUCACUCAGUGAAGUACUUUAUUACCUCUAGUUUACUUAAUAUUUAGUCUCUGACACUUAGAACUUAGUUUAGAGCAAGACGUCUUAGUCAUAGUUAAUAAUUAAAUCAGUAUACUUCAGUAUAGUAUAUUAAUUUAGUUAUUAAAGUUAGGAUAUCAAUAAUAUCACCAGUCCCUGCUUAGUUACAGUUUUUACAGUUUCAGUUACUGGCUUAGACUUAUUCACUUGACUUAGUGUAGUCUUAGACUUAGAAGUUUGAUUAGAAACUUAUCCUAGGCCUAGGGAAUUUAGACUUGAUCAGGAAUGGCCAAUGGGUAGGGUAUAGUCAAAACUGACUUAGACUCUUGCUCAGUCUUAGAGUUAGUAGUUCUUAUGACCCUAGUCCUAGGUUUGCUCUUAGUUCUUACCAAAUAAGGGUUAGUUCAGUUAGUUUAGAGACUUCCUAUUUUUAAAUCUUUUAUAUUAACUUCGCUUUUGUUCGUGCCUGGCUGGGUGGCGGACUUGCAAAAUCUUUGGACGGCUAAUUGAUCCACUUCCCUUCAACCUUUCGAGCUGAAACUUGGCACAUAGACUUGUUGCCAAUGUCAACACAUUCUAUCAAAUUUUCAUACCCACACUAACACCCAAAAAUCACCCUUUUCAAGGGGAAGAUGAAGGAAAUAAAUUCCAAUUAACUGCGCUAAAAAGAGAAUUUAAAAAAAAAAUGUCGUAAGUGCCUUUGGUGGGUAAUAUUUUCUUUUGUUUUUCUGAAAUAGUUGUUGAAAUAAAUCUGCAGUGUAAAAGAGGGUGGUUUAUUAGAAUAUUAUGGGGCGUGAAAAAAAUGUGCAGUUGUCGGCUGGGAUGUGGAACUAAUUGGCUUGUAUGCAUGUUUUGUCAAAUUUUCAGGCCCAGCCCCCAUUGCUUGAUAUUACAUUGUAUAAAGGAUUUAUUUAAAAAAUCUUUGUUAUUAAUGGUUGUUUAUUUAAAGAUUAAGUAGGCUGUAGCCUAUCUAAAAUCUUCCAUUGCACUUAAUUUUUUUUUUUUUUCAAACCCUCCAAAUGUAAAAUUACAUUUAAAGUGGCACUGUCCAACUUUAUGAUUAUUCCUUAUUAAAAAAACUAAAUAUUACAGUGACUAUCAGAUUUGUAAGUUUUCAUAGGGCCUAUAGUAUAGGCCAGGCCUGCACAACUCAAAAUAUAAGGCGGGCCAUAAUACUUUAUGAAAAACUUGUGCGGGCAGAAAGAAAAUUUGACAGCGGGAAAGGUAUUAAGAAAAUAAUCAUAAAAAGGAAUAUUUCAUGACUUUGUGGGCCGCAAAGUGGGUGCUAGCGUGUCGCAUGCGGCCCUGGCCCUCGGGCCGUAUGUUUUGCAGGCCUGGUAUAGGCUAUACUAGUAUUAUUUUAUGUUAAAGCCAUGUCAAAUUAUUGAGGUACUAACAAAUGCAAAUAAUUAGGUCCAUGAUUGGCGCUGUAAAUUAAUGGAGUGAUACUACUAAUUUCCAUAUCUCACCACUAUGUAAUUGGUGUAAGAAAAUUUUUUGUAUAAUUAAGGAAAAAAAAUCAAUAUUGCAUAUUCUUUUUGUUGUCACCAGAAUUAAUUUCCACUUCAAGGGAUCGGAUGUCUAAUGAAAAGAAAAGAACAUUAAUUUUAAUGGAAAAGAAAAACUGAGUUUGUGAAGAAGACAAAAGGUUAGCAAAACAAGGGUCCUUAAAAAUAAUCUAUGAUCUGUACUUUCCUCUAUAGGUAAAAAUGAUAGUAUUUCAAUGUCCAUGCAAUUUUAAAUAUGAUAACGAAUCUCAUCAUUUGUAGUUAAACAAUAUUUUCUUGGUUUUGGAAAAAAUGAAGUUUGCAUGUUACAAAAAUUAUUAAAACUAUAAAAAUCAGUGACAUUAAACAAAAUUAAAAUGAUUGAACCUCAAAUAUGUUUCUAAUUUGAAAUAAGUAUGAAGAUAACAAUUUCACAUGUUAAGAUUUGAUUCAUAUGCAAGCCUAUCCUUUAAGCAAAAAAAGGAAAAUUAUUUUACCAUCUAAAUUUUAAUUUUUUUUGUACCUACUUAUCAUAAUAUGUGUUUACCUAAAACAGUGAACUAAGACAGCCCAAUCUGUAUAAAAGCUCUCAAUAAUAUGCCCUAAAUUCAAUUCAUUUGCCAAAAGCUUAUGUCUGUUGAAAUAUAAACAUUUUAAAUUCUAAGGACAACUUUUGUCUAUAUCAACACCUAGACAAAUCUGUAAAAUACCAAUGUUCUAGAUGUGAAUAUCAAUACAAAUAAUUUAAACAGUUUACAUGAAAUUAAGAAAUGGGAAGAAAAUUGAAAUGCAUCCUUAAAUAUUCUUCUACCUAGCUGAAUGAGUUUGCAAUAUUACAAAGCCUUCCAAUUUUACAGGUCACCAUGAGCUCCUAUGGCAGCUCCUCUAAUGACUCAGAUGUUUUAAAUGAAAGCAACUUGCCAGUAGCUCUGCAGUCUCAAAAUCUUAUUAACCCAGCCUACGUCUCAACAAUCCCUCCUUCCAAUGGUCCAAUAAAAAAUGUUGUUGGAAGUAGUUACACAAACGGUACGUCAUUUACUCAUACAAACUUUAAAUUUGUUUGAAAUUCUGCAACAAUUUAAUCAUACAAAAUGAUUUAUUUGCUUUUUUACUUGUCUAAUUUUGUUAACCUGAUUGCAGUCUCUCCUCUUCAUUAAUUUUUUUAUUUGAAUGGUUUGUUAUUACUAGGUUCAGUUCAAGCAGCUGAACCGUAUGUUGGUAUUGUGGAGCAGCCUCAACAAAGGGGAUUCCGCUUUCGCUAUGAAUGUGAGGGGCCAAGUCAUGGAGGCCUACAGGGGACGAAGAGUGAGAGGAGUCGAAAAUCUUAUCCAUCUAUCAAAGUAAGUAUUUAGAUGAGAGUGUCGGGGUCUGUCUUUAUAUAAAAUAUGUGUUUAUGUGCUUGCCUCUACACACAUUAUAAUGAGUAUUUGUGUCAGACUUGAUGAUCACAAUUACAACUUCCUAAUCUAGGAAAAUUCCUUUUGUAAAAAAUGUUUGACCCGAAUUGUAUCUUUGUCAAUGGUUGCUCAAUUUUUUUAAAACUUUAGAUUGAGAAUUAUACAGGAGCAGCUCGGGUUGUUGUAAGUUUGGUCACAGAUGAAAAGACACCUCGCUCUCAUGCACACAAACUAGUGGGCACUAACUGCAAGAAUGGACUCUGUACUGUUGAACUGAAAUCCAAUCUUGAUGUUAUUAGGUAGGCAUGAUUGAAAAUUUUAUCUGUUGAGUUUUUUUUUCAAUUAAUAUUUGAUUUAUAACAUUUAUUUCUCUGUAUCUGAGUCUGAGUGAUUUACAUAUAGUUGGUUUCAAUUUUAUAAAAUCCUCAAUAGGAUUCACUAAAAAAAUGCAUCUUUUUGGGGGCCAUUUCCAGUUACCUUUCAAAUGGUCUCAUAACAUUACUAUAAAAUCAUCUUGCAGUAAAAAGUUCAAUUACAAACAAUUAAAAUAAUUAGGUCAGUUCUCAAUUUUAAUUGCAAGUCUUGUUAUAGGUCAUAGGAGAAGGCGAAGAUCCAAAAUUAGCUUUUGAUUUUAAUUUUUUUUUUUCCUUUUGAAUUUCCAGCUUCCCAAACCUUUGUAUCUUGCAUGUGACCAGAAGAAAACUUGUGGAUGUUCUCACAGAAAGAAACACAGAUUCAAUAAAGCUGAAUAAGAAAUUGAAAGCAAACAACAUGAACUUUGAACCACCUAUUACAGGUUUGUUACUAGAAAUGGCAGAUAUGGAACAACACAUUUUUUUCUUCUAGAUUUGGAAGCUAUGAAACAACAUGGGUUUGUCACUAGAAAUGGCAGCCAUGGAACUACAUUUUUUUUGUUUUUUGUUGUUGUUUAUCUUGAGAAUACUCACAGGAGCUACUUAAAUUUAACAUUAUUCAUGGAAGUGGGAAAGUUAAAAGAAAUAGUCUAAAUAAAAUUGUUUGAAAGAAGAAAAGAUAGACAAUGGAAUGGCAACAGAUAGACAAUGGAAUGGCUCCAGUGGAUGAUUAUAUUUAACAACUGUGUUCUGCAGAUUCCCUGGGAAAUUAAAUAAAUUUACAAGAAAAUUGAACACUUUUUUUUUCCGUUUUAUCAGAAGAAGAUACGAAGACAGCAAGAAUGCAGGCAGAGGAACAGUCCAAAACUAUGCAGCUGAAUGUCGUGCGACUGUGUUUCCAAGUUUUCCUCCGCAACCCCGACGGAUCUUUCAGUAAAAUGUUAACCCCUGUGGUGUCCCAAGCCAUCUAUGACAGCAGUAGGUUUUUAGCUUCAAGUGUUUUACCCUUUUUGCAUUGAAAUUUUAUGUAUACUCUUUAAUUUUAUCGUACCUAAAACUCUGUUCAACAUUUCAUGUGCAGUAAAACAAAAAAUGUUUGGGAAAACAAUUGCAUCUUUAAUAAAUCUAGUUUCUUUCAAAAUAAUUUAUUUGACAGUUUACUAUUACUAAUAAAAUAUUUAUUAAUGCCUGCUAAGGGUUAUAACCUGGAAUAAGUGAAGUCCUUACUGCAUUUGUUUAUUUUAUUAGAGUUUUAUUGACAUUUAUUAUGAUUUACUGUGAAAACAGAGUCUCCUGGGGCGUCGGCGCUAAAGAUAUGUCGCAUGGAUAAAUAUGGUGGCUGUUGUUCAGGCAAUGAAGAGGUUUUUUUACUGUGUGAGAAAGUGCAGAAAGGUGAUUAACUUUUUUUGUUUACAAAAUUAGAUGGAAUUUUACAAAAUGCUAGCGGCAAAUUUUUUGAAGUUGUAUUAAGGAAUUUUUUACUAUAAUAGUGUUAGUAGUCUGCUGGAGGAACAAGAAAUAAGAACUAACCAGUACAAGAACCAGUAUUAGUUGAACUUGUGGGACUGGAGGUGGUCAUUUCUCAGAUUCAAGAUCGGCUCUUAAGAUCUUGAAUAAGGAAGCAUGUAAUGCCCACUGGAUUGACGCCAUCAUGGAUGACAUGGAUUAGAUUGAAAGAAAUCUGAGGUGAGGUGAGGGUGCAAUGGGUUCCAAAUGACGUAAGCAUGAAGGGCAACAAAAGAGCGGACACACUGGUAAAAACCAGAGGUGUCCAGUCACAGCCAGAAACACCAGUAAUUUGUCUUGGAGUGAAGAACUGGCUGGCAGAUCACUUUAGAACAAAGUGGUAUGGACUGUGGGCAGACAGCACAAAGGCCAGAGUUGUGUACGCCAAUAUGCCACAACCUAUCGGAACGACCCCUUGGUGGAAACUGGGUCGCAGAACCUGAUUCUGGUGACCCUAAUGGGGACGGAACAUUGCCUUUCUAACUCUACUUAAACAAGCUAGACAAAAACAGGGGCUCGACCUGCCGGCAUUGCAAUCUGAUCCGAGAAACAGUAGCGCACCUGCUGACUUUGUGUCCCGAGCUUGACUUUGGGGAUGCCCGGGCGGCGGGAGAGUCUGUCCUUCAGAAGAUUUUAUGUCUCACUGCCCAACAGAUGGAGCUGGUUUCAACUGCACUGGGGCUUUUAAGAGCUUAAGCUCAAAACACCUCCAGAAGAUUAGUUAGUUAUUUGAAAACCUCUGCUUUUUUAAAAUUCUUUCCAUGGCUUCUGUGUUGUGAGAUGGUAACCUGUGGCUCUGGUAUUUUAGGGGAGUAAUUUGUAUCUUUGGUGUUAAAAGGUUGUUUGCAUCUGUUACAAACCUUUAUAUUGUUUUGUAAAUUUAAUCUUUUUAAUUUGUAAGAUUUGGCUCGUUAAAUGAACUAUACAUAACAAAGAACUGAAAAACCAGUAUUUAAAGAAAAAUGAUACCAAAGCUAGUAUACUAAGAAUAAUCAGUGUUAUUAUACUAUUAUAUUUAUAUAAAAAUACACAGAUUCAAAUACACAGAAAAUAAAAACUUUAUCAACUUACAGCGCAGUAAGUGAAAAGGUACAGUCCUUGAAAUAUACACAUAUUAAUUAACACACAAACAUAAAGAGUACACUCUUGUAAGUAUAUUAUGUUUUGUCUCAGAUGACAUUCAAGUGAGAUUUGUGGAACAGAAUCCUGAUGGCAGUGUCAAGUGGGAGGCUUAUGGAAACUUUGGUCCUCUUGAUGUACAUAGGCAGGUGAGUGUCAGGGGCUACAUAGGCAAGUGGAUAUGGAUGGGGGAGUGAGUAGAUAGAUGGGCUGCUUAGGCAAGUGGAUGUCACAGAUAGGGGGAGUGAUUAGACUGGUAGGUAAAACAGACAUGGAUUACAUGACAAUGUAAUGAGCUACAUAGAGAGAUGAUUGACAGCAAUAAAUUAAUUACAGAUGUCUUGCAUAGACAGCGGUAAUUUAGACAGGGGUAAUUUAGACAGGGGUUAUUAAGAUAGGUUGGUUACCAAGAAAUUAGGAUCUACCAGACAGCUGGCUAACAUGUAGUUUAAUGGAAAGCUCUAUGAACUCUAUUUAAAAAAACAUUUUUUUUCCUUCAGUAUGCCAUAGUUUUUAAAACACCAGCCUACUGGAACACAAACAUAGACAAGGCUGUCAAUGUUCUCAUCAUGCUACAACGGAAAUCAGACCAGGAAGUCAGUGAACCAAAGGCUUUUACCUACUUCCCACAAAACCGAGGUACAAUUAGAGUCAGCUUUGAAAUCACUGGGUCUUGAUUUCUGAGCUUUCUAAAACAUUCAAAACAUCUCUGAAGAUUUAUAUUUUUCUGUUGGACAUUGUGUUUUAGAGAUUAUAGAAAAAAUAUUAUUUCAAACUCAGAAGGAGGAGAGUUGGAUUGUGAAAAUGCUAAAAUAAAUAUUAAAAUGAAUAUGUAAUGCUUUCUUUUCUGUCUGAAAAUUAAUUUUCUUUAUUAUGUAGUGGCCUUAUGCUUUAUUUUAAAAAAUUUCUAACUCAUGUAUGGAGUUACAUUACUUUUCAUUUUAUCCUGUUAUUACUGUGAUAUCAUUGAGUUCUGUCUUCCCAAUAAGGCAUUAAACGGCAAACUUUGGCUGAGACGGCUGUUGCAUUUGUUUGUCUCUAGUAAAUCUUCAACAUUUCACUUUAGCUCUGUGUCCAUUCAACUAACUUCAAAAACAUUGCUGUCGUUGCAUUUAUAAAAAUAUACUUUGUUUCUCCUGACAGACAAAGACAACAUUGCCAGCAAGAAAAGAAAGCGUAUUCCCUUGGACGGCUACGACACCAGCGGUGAUGGAGGAAUGGGGGGUGGGGACAUGGGCGGCGACGGAGGCCUGGGGAUGGGUCAUUCGGGUGCCAAUGGAGGCGUCAGCAUGGGUCACCAAGGGGGUAACGGCGGUGUGGGCAUGAAUCAUAUGGCAGGUGGCAGCAGCAAUGGACACAACUUCAUGACUCUCCUACAUAAUGGUGAGUCGACCAUAGCGUCAUUUACACAUUUCUCAAAUUUCUAAUUUAAAUACUCUUAGAAGAUGACUGACUACUCCAAUGCACAAGAUGAUUAUUAGGUUUAAUUUUGUCCCUCUAACAUUUGUCUCUCUAAUAACGUCCAACUAAUGUUUGAUAGGAUUCUCGGCAUAAAAGUUACAAAAACAGUUGCUCAAUUUUUGUUAUGUUGACCAUGUUUACAAUAGUUGGUUUUCAUGCCCAAAGGCCCAAUGCUGCUAUUAAAAUGAUAGUUUUUAAAAACAGAGAUUUUAUUUAAUUUGAUGAAAAACUGAUUGUAUUGAAAGAUCUUUAAAUAAACCAGGUCAGCUCGAGGGCACAGAGUUCAUUCAGCUCCCAACCAUGGUGGAGGAAGGUAAGACACAUUUGAUAACUACACUCAUGUAACUAUCCUUUCUUUGGCUCUAUUUACUCAUUAAGUUAAUAUAAACUGAAAACGAAAAGAUUAUUUUAUUGACUAUUUAAGAUUUCCUUAAAUAGCAUUUAUCCAUCAUCAUUGUGAGUUAUUGUUGCAUACUAGAAAAGUUCAUUAAGAAAUGUUGAGGGAAGAAAGUUUGUCUUUAGUCAAAUUUAAAGGUUAGAUAAUUUGUCACAGUAAAAAUUGCUUCGAUUAUUAUAAGGCCUACAACAAAUUUUUCUUUUUGGAAAAAUGGCUGGAUAUGAAAAAUUUAUGUUUGAUUGAUUGGAUGAAUAACUUAGGAUGUUUACUGGAAUUUUUCUUGGACUGGGUGUAUUUGCAUUUUAUUCUCUAUAUGAAUACAGUGGCAAAUUGUGGGAAGGACAGCUUGGUGAUUUGCACAUUUUUGUUGAAAAACAUGUAUUGACAUACACAAAAUAAAAAAUUUAAAACAUAGGUUUUUGGUUGUGAUCCACAGGCUGAGAAUCAGUGACCUAGGCAUUUCCCACUAUAUAUUGGUUAUUGGUUGCUCUGUCAUUGUAAAAGCUUAUCUCAUGAAACAUCACAUUCCUAUUAUUGUACAAGGUGAUCUCAUGAAACAUCACAUUCCUAUUAUUGUACAAGGUGAUCUCAUGAAACAUCACAUUCCUAUUAUUGUACAAGGUGAUCUCAUGAACAAUCACAUUCCUAUUAUUGUACAAGGUGAUCUCAUGAAACAUCACAUUCCUAUUAUUGUACAAGGUGAUCUCAUGAAACAUCACAUUCCUAUUAUUGUACAAGGUGAUCUCAUGAAACAUCACAUUCCUAUUAUUGUACAAGGUGAUCUCAUGAAACAUCACAUUCCUAUUAUUGUACAAGGUGAUCUAAUGAACAAUCACAUUCCUAUUAUUGUACAAGGUGAUCUAAUGAACAAUCACAUUCCUAUUAUUGUACAAGGUGAUCUCAUGAACAAUCACAUUCCUAUUAUUGUACAAGGUGAUCUAAUGAACAAUCACAUUCCUAUUAUUGUACAAGGUGAUCCAAUGAACAAUCACAUUCCUAUUAUUGUACAAGGUGAUCUAAUGAACAAUCACAUUCCUAUUAUUGUACAAGGUGAUCCAAUGAACAAUCACAUUCCUAUUAUUGUACAAGGUGAUCUAAUGAACAAUCACAUUCCUAUUAUUGUACAAGGUGAUCCAAUGAACAAUCACAUUCCUAUUAUUGUACAAGGUGAUCCAAUGAACCAUCACUUUCCUAUCAAUACUUUCCCAGCUGUCAGGGAGGAGUUUGAGCUGAGCCAUCGUGUACUGGACAGUCAGCGUUUACAGGCAGCACUGGAUCAGCGAAGAGACAACUCUAGUCCCAUGUCCAGCAAUACUGACCCCUGGCUACUUACAGAUGACCUUGACAUUGAGGUGGAUGCAGCCAUUAUGCCUACCUCACCUAAAUUUGAGGCCAGCCAUGACAGUGGAAACAAAAAUAAUGUAGGUCUUACUAGGUCACAUAUUAAUCUGUCAUUUCUGUGUUAUGUCCCACUAGGUCACAUAUUACUCUGUCAUUUCUAUUUGUUAUGUCUUACUAGGUAACAUUAAUCUGUCAUUUCUCUGUGUCACACAUUUAAAAAACUUUAUUUUAUUAUAAACUUUAAGGAAAAAUGAGAUUCUUUAUCAGACAGACUUAAUUUCUAGUGGCUGAGAAAAUAAAUUAAAUUAUGCAGACAGAAAGCAAUAAAUGUCUUCAAAACUAUUAAUGAGAUAUCUUUGAUUUGGAUAGCAAUUAAAAAUGUAUUGCCUGUCUCUUUAUUUUGUCUCCCUGGAAUUUGAUUUGUAUUAAAUUCUAAUAAAAAAUUAAAUCUUAAUAAUGAUAAUAAGCUGACAUAUCGGAAUUCAGUCCAAACAUGUCUGUUUCUGAAACCUGUAUAUUGGCACUCGGUAGGUUAAAGACACUGGCAUAGGAAAGCAGGUGCAUAGGGGGCGAUCUUCUCGGCCAAAUGCAGAAGGUUUUUUUGGUGGGAAGGAGGCAGCAAAAUGCUUGGCCCGCCCCGGGUGGCACUAACCAUAACUGCGGGUGGCACUAACCAUAACUACGGGUGGAACUAACCAUAACUACGGGUUGAACUAACCAUAACUCGACACUGGUAAACAAGGCAAAUUCUGUCUCGUUGAUCGUAACCGUAUAGGCAUCAGAUGAAUGUGUACACUUUCUUCUAAUCAGUUAUUCGUACAUUUUUAAGAGGCUAGCUGCUAUGUUAGGUAUGUCAUUUCAUUUUCAAAUUUCAACCUGUGCACGCCUAAGUUAGUAACUAAUUCUGUCAUAUUUUGUUAGAUGCCGUCAUUACAGCAGAGUUUGAAUAAAUCCCAGCGUCCACCUCAUCCAUCGCCAACCAAAACCUUCUUUUCCAAAUACACAGCCAAAGAUAUUAGAAUGCCAGGAAACCAGCAAGACAAAACGAAAGAGGUUUCACUGGAUUGGUUAGACUCGGGUGUAGACCCAGGCACCGGAAAAUCAUUUGUGUCGAUGGAUGAUAAAAAAUCCCUAGAGGAGAAACGGGUGACCUUGGUUCUGAAGGACACCACGAAAACUCAAGGAGACUUCUCGUUGUUGGACCAAGAGGGUAAGGAUGGACUUAAAACAAGUAAGAUGUCGUCACUGUCAGAUGACCACUCGGAAUCUGACGCCAAAGUGGACAUACGUUCCGAAGGGGUACGGAGCGAUGAGGGGUUUUCCGAGUCGUCAGAAGAAAUGGUGGUCAAAAGUUUGCAGAAAUCCCAGGUCAAGAGAAACCCUGAAACACCACUGCAAAUUAAUCAAAUAACAGGUAAACAUAUUUUGAUUGACAUUUACACUUUUCUUUUCAAAUAACACAAGGUUUUUUUUACAGUUCCUCUCCUCUUUAGACAUACUUAUUGAAACAUUUUUUAUGACAGUUCAGCCUGGUUUAUUCACAUAAUUUCAUCAUUUCAUAACAGAGCUCUCCCCUUCCCACUGCACACAACUUACAGAAACUGUGAGGAAAGUGACGAGUCGCGUGGCAGAAAGAACUGUGGCAGCCCUAACAGAUUUCUCUGAGACAGGAGACAUAAGGCAUCUGCUGUUGGUGCAGCGCCACCUGUUGGCAGUUAGCAACAAAAAUGGUGACCUGUGAGUUACACUGAAAGAAAUAAGAAAAUCAUAGUGUACUCAGUACAUAGACCUCCAAUGGCUAAAUAUCCUAGUGUUCUCAGUACAUAGACCUCCAAUGGCUAAAUUUCCUAGUGUACUCAGUACAUAGACCUCCAAUGGCUAAAUAUCCUAGUGUUCUCAGUACAUAGACCUCCAAUGGCUAAAUAUCCUAGUGUUCUCAGUACAUAGACCUCCAAUGGCUAAAUAUCCUAGUGUUCUCAGUACAUAGACCUCCAAUGGCUAAAUAUCCUAGUGUUCUCAGUACAUAGACCUCCAAUGGCUAAAUAUCCUAGUGUUCUCAGUACAUAGACCUCCAAUGGCUAAAUAUCCUAGUGUUCUCAGUACAUAGACCUCCAAUGGCUAAAUAUCAAAGUGCUCUCAGUGCAUAGACCUCCAAUGGUUAAGUACAAAUUUCAGUGAGAAAAUGCCAGUUAGGCUGUGCCAAUAUAAGCACAUUAAAAAACUAUAAUAUUGAGUUUAUUUAACAUGUUGAAUAAGAGGAAAUAAAAAUGUGCUUAGUGAUAGACAGAAAAAAGUCAAGUUGAAGAAAAUAUCAUUUUGAUGUCCUAAAAUUUUUAAUUAGUAACACUUGAAGUAGUUACGCAUCGCUAACCUCGAAUUCACUCAUUAGUUUCUACUAUCAGACAUAAUGAUGAAGGGGAAUCUAUAAUUAACUGAGUUUGUAUGGGUCAUAAAUUCCUACACUCAACCUUGCUAUAGUUUUAUUCACUUAUGUAACCCUAUAGUCCACUCCACCUGGCUGUCAUCAACUCCCAACCUGGGGCCUUGAAGAGUCUUUUGGAUGUGAUGUGUACCCUUCCAGAGUCUAAACGUCUUGUCAACUCAUUCAACUUGUUGAGACAGGUAAGAGAUCAAACAGCGUAAACCUAACGUAAACUAAAUUUUAAUACUAACUCUAACAACAAAUAUGAAAAACAAUUAUUUUUGAAGUCCUACCGUUAUUAUUUAUCUUUACCAGGAGAAUGAUCUGAUUUUUGUCCCUCGAACAUUUGCAAGUACCACCGAUUUCUAGUUGUCUUGGUUCAUGUAAUCUAACAACUUGUGGUGCAUAAUAUCAAAUAUCAUUCAAUAAACUCUUUUGAUAUUUUUUGUAUUUCAAAUAUUAAUUAGAUAAAAUUCAUAGUUUCAAAUAGUCAAAAUGAUUGAUGAAAUUGAGUUUCCUGCCAAAGCUCAACUUCCUUGAAUAUAAGAAAUUUAAAAAUGUAUGGUAAAAGAGAUGAAACAAUCCUCAUUUCAAGUACAAUGUAAGAGAGUAUUAGUGGUUGCUUGCCAGAUUUAUUUCCCCAUGUGAAUUCCUGCUGAAACACAAAAAUUGAGUUUAUUAAUGAAUUAAAAAAAUAAUAAUUUUAAUCUAAAUUUUGAUUUUAAGGAUAUACCACAGUUAUUGUGCAUGUGUAAUUAUUACAUAAAUAGAUUAAUUUUAGAUUCAAGUCAAUUGACAAGAUUUUUAUCUGAGUAUUUUUAUAAAAAUCCACAACACAUUUCAUGUGUAAGGGAAAUUACUUCAAACAUGAAGUGUCCACAAAAGGGGAGAUAAAUGUUAAGCAUUCUUUUUUUCUUCCUUUUUUUAAAGGAGGCAGCUUAUUUAAAAAUCUAAAUUAAAAAGUUAACCUUAAUACUGACGUGACUUAGCCAGUUUAAUAAAACCUUGACCCGUUCGUACACAGACACCCCUUCACCUAGCCACAGUCAUGCACCAGUACCAGAUGGUGGAGAUGCUACUUCAUGCAGGAGCCGACCCGACCAUCGCCGACCGCAACGGCAACACGGCUGCUCACCUGGCCGUCAUAAACAAAUCUGAGACCUGUCUGAAAAUUCUGGUUAAAUACUUGAGGCCUGGGCAAAGCAAGACUGCACCUUUCCCAGAACUGAAUUACUUGAACUAUGAUGGUAUGUUAGGAAAGCGUAAUCACUUGAACUAUGAUGGUAUGUUAGGAACGCAUAAUUACUUGAACUAUGAUGGUAUAUUAGGAACGCAUAAUCACUUGAACUAUGAUGGUAUGUUAGGAACGCAUAAUUACUUGAACUGUGAUUGGUACGUUAGGAACGCAUAAUUACUUGAACUAUGAUGGUAUGUUAGGAACGCAUAAUUACUUGAACUAUGAUGGUAUGUUAGGAACGCAUAAUUACUUGAACUAUGAUGGUAUGUUAGGAACGCAUAAUUACUUGAACUAUGAUGGUAUGUUAGGAAUCCAAAACAUUUGUGCCCAGUAUAUCAGCAUAGUUCAAGUAUUUAUGAGCACAAAUGAUUUAUUUUUCUCUUAAUUAUAUAAUUACUCCUGCCCUGGCGAUAAAAUACUUCAUUAACGACCUAAAUAAGUGUGUAGUACAGUAUUUUAUUAAACAAGGAAAUUGAAUUAACAGGUUAAAAUUUUACACUGUUCCCUACACUUUAGAUACAACAUUUCACAAAUUUAAAAAAAAAUUUAUAUUAGCAAUGUUUUUUUAAUGAGAAAUAAGAUUGAUUGAUUGAUUUGAUAUUUAUAUAGCGCUGGUAUCCAUGCAACUUUAGCAUGCGCUCUGGUCCUCCGAAAAAUUUUUAACAAAAAAGUUUUAAAUUGUCUCUUAAAUAAUUUUUUAUCCUUUACAAUUACCCUCAUUGAUUGAGGCAAACUGAUAAUAUUAUCACAUAAAAAUAAAUUUAUUUGAGCGUUUGACAGCUGUUAUGAGAUAACUCUUGACUUAAAUAGCUUUAAUUCUAAGAAAAAAGGAUCCUGACCAUUUAGCUAUUAUUUAUUUACCAGGAUACUCACCGGUCCACUUGGCUGCUCAGGCAGGAAGUGUAGACAUGUUGAAAAUGUUGGUGUUUGGCCGGGCGCAAGUUGACCUUCCCGACGGCAAGAGUGGGAAGACCGGUCUGCAUCAUGCGGUCGACAGUGAUGAUCUUCCUGUGGCUGGAUACCUGUUGCUAGAGGUCAGGGUCAUUGAUAAGUCUGUGCAAGUACUGUACUUGUUCUAAUAUUACUCUAAUAGAAUAUAAUCUUUGUGAUCAGAUCCAUGUGAUCUUUGUUGUCAGAUCAUAUGAUCUUUGUGGUCAGAUCCACACGCGUUGUUAACUCACUUGCUAUGUAAUGUGUGAACACAAAGUUGUCUCUUCAGUCUUGUCAUGUUAAUAUGGAAAUGCAAUAUUAAACUGGGAGACACGUAAGAAAUGUUCCUCUCAACAGACUUGGACUAUGUGGUGUUUUAUAAAAUAUUUACAGUACAAUAUCUUUCUCAGUGUUGAUCUACUCUAUAGAUCUUGUAUAGAAAAAGAUAUCAUCUGUAGGAAGCAUCAUAACAAAUUAGAGUUAGGUCCCUUCGAUACAUAGAAAUCUUUUGUUUCCUGUAUUCUUCUCCGGUCAAAGGUGGGGGAGAUUACAGAUGGUAAACUUAAAAAGGGAUGCUUGCUGUGGUCCCCCUCACCCCUUAUAAAGGGGAUGCUUGCUAUGAGGCUGUGCCCCCCCUUCCCCAGAUUGUUGUGGUAACCAACGUCCCUACCAGGUUGGCGCAACUGAUCCAUGGCCUGAUGUCUUUCCUUAUAUUCAAUCACAUUUUCUUCAGUAGGCUGGAAACUAAGGACUUCACUACUACAUCCACACUAUGAUUAGGUAUUUUCCUUACAUGGCAUGUAACAUCACUGUAACAUCACUGUACAUAUUAGAUGCUCAUAUUAUUGAUCACUUUCUUUCUGCUUGCAAAUCCAUGGGGCUUGUCUGUAACUUUGUAGCAUAAUUUUUGUUGUUGUCUACCCUCUCUCAGUUGAUCCUGGUUGAUCAUGUCUUCUUCUGUCGGUGGACGGCAGGAGACGGGUGGGUAGGGGAGCUCAGAUAAGAGCUAUAGGUUUUUGGAGGUGUUGGGCUCGGAAGGAGUUAGGAACAGGUCAUACAGCAAUUAGACUACGGACAACGGACAGCUUGCCACCAGGGUUAUAGAACUCCGCAGCCUUUAAAAUCUACUUUUUUCUGCUCAUAAAUACAUCAAGUUUGUAGUUUCAAACAUUGUUGUCACUUGUGACUCUCUCCCCAAUGGUUGAUGGCACCUGGCUAGUGCUGACCUGUAGGAUCGCAUUUAAAACACUGACAAAGAUUGAGAGCUUCAGUUACAAGGGGGUGGGGUGGGGCGGGGAGUGAUUGGGAAAAAAGAAAAGAUAAUUUUUACAAAAAAAACAACCCCAUCACCUUAACUUCUAAUAAUCAUGGGCAAGUGACCAGACGUGUAAAACACAGUAGUCAUUAAAUUCUACUUUUUAGUUUGAUGCCUAGGUAACGAGUUAUGUCACUAUAAUUUUUUGUUAGCAUUCUUUGUUUUAACAAAAAUAUCUUCUUUUGUCGAUAAUUUAGAGGUUGAUAUUUUCAUACUAAAGAGUGGAAAAUUUAAAAAAAAAUUAUUUACUUUUUAAAAAAGUUUUUCCUUUAAAGAAGAGGUUAUGAGCACAAAAAAGUAGAAAAUAAUCUUGCAUUUCUUAAAAUCCAUUACAAAAAGAAAUUCUGCUGAAAAUAUUUUAAAGAAUUAAUAAAAAUAAAACAUUUAUUUAAGUUUUGUCUGCAUUCAAUUCGACUCCUUUGGCUACAUUGAGUGCUUUUCUUUAAUUCUUUCUUUGCGUAAUGAAUUUUAAGAAGUUUUAAAUUAUUUUCUAAAUUUUACAAAAUAUAUUUUUAUUUUAAGUUUUCAGUGUACAACUAUAGUGAAGACUUUGUCUCAUUUUUUUUAAUUGAGUAGAUAGAUCAUUGUACAUAGAUCAUUGUAGAUAGAUCAUUGUAGUUAGAUCAUUGUACAUAGAUCAUUGUAGAUAGAUCAUUGUAGAUAGAUCACUGUAGAGAGAUCAUUGUAGAUAGAUCAUUAUAGAUAGAUCCUUGUAGUUAGAUCAUUGUAGAUAGAUCAUUGUAGAGAGAUCACUGUAGAGAGAUCAUAAUAGAUAGAUCAUUGUAAAUAGAUAAUUUUAGAGAGAUUAUAGUAAAUAGAUCAUUGUAGAUGAAAAAUGUACCAAAUGACUUGUUGACAUCAUUGAUGAAGCCUGGCGUCCAGAUGGCUUGCUCUGUAGUUGACAACAUUCUGAAAUUUUAUUGAUCUAUUUAUUUGACCCAGGCCCACACAGAUGUCAAUGCCCGUUGUUUUGACGGAAACACAGCACUUCACAUAGCAUGCGCCCGUCAGCUCGUGGGAAUGGUGGCUCUGUUGAUGACUGCCGGGGCUGACAUGGAGUGUGAGAAUGAAGAAAUACCUGACCCAGAUGUGAGAGGAGAGGAGGGGUCUGUGAUUGACAGGAGGGGUCUGAAACCUGCAGACUAUGCUGAUGACAAUGAACAGGUGAGGAAAUAACAAGAACUAGGUGUGGCGGAUGGGGGUGAAGUGAAAAAAUUCAUGGGGAUGGGCUAAGGGAAAUAAUUCAUGGGGAAGGGCUAAGGGAAAUAAUUAAUGGGGUUGGGUUAAGGGAAAUAAUUAAUGGGGUUGGGUUAAGGGAAAUAAUUCAUGGGAAGGGGGAUUUGGGAAUUGAAAUUGUCCUACUCUAUAAAUAUUGAGAUGAAGAUUAAGGCAUAAAAAAAAUUGUAUAUAAUUUUGAGAUCAGAUUUAUAUAUUAUCUUAAAAUUAUUUUUGUAAAAUAACACACUGUCUUAUACAGAUAUUGCGCAUUCUAAAUGGAGAGAGUCCAACAGAUGACAAUACAGAGGAUGCGUAUAACAGUAUAACAUCCCAUUUAUCAUCCAUGUCACUGAGUGGAACACCUGGAUUGUAUCCAAGUGUAUCAGGGAACAUGGAUAGUGGAUUAGCCAUUUCUGUCACUCCUGGUAAGUUGUAAGUUGAUAUCUGGAAAAAUCCUCAAUAAAUUUUUUGAUGUCCGUUUUAUUUUUUUGUCAAUGGGCUAAAUGGUCUAUAAUUUAAACAUCACUGUCAAAGAGUGUGAGAGCAGGGGGAGGGUGAGAUAAUAAUUUCAUAUGUUGGAGAGGAGAUGGGUGUAAAUAGAGGACCAAGUUAAAAAUGAGUAUAUGCCUAACUAAAACUGCCUGGGAUCAAAGUGAGGGUCGUCCAGUGGUGUCUGAACGCAAAUCUAUAGGACCACUAUAAAUGAUUGUGACCUAGUGCAAUCUGGGAAAAUGUAAAAUCAAUUCAUAGCUUAAAAAGAGGUCUUUUGGCCAGAUUUGGUGUCUCUGGGCCAUAGUUACUUGACUUCUGAUCUACACUACACUCUUCCAAAGAAAAUAAUAUCUGGUGAACUUUCCAGAGGGGAAUGCUGGUGGGCAGAAAAAACUCUUUAAAGGUAGUCUUAAAGUGUCCCUCAGAUCAAUGGAAAUGAACCUGAAUUCCUAAGAAAUGCUUGCUAUGGAUUGCACAAGCUGGCUCACCUAUGAGCUCAUUGUUCAGUGAGUAUACCCACCACCACUCCCUAAGAAAGUAGGCACCUACCACGCCCAAAGAAAGCGCACAGGAAAGAAAAGCAAAACUGCCUCUAGAGACCGACCAAAAGUGAUUUUCUUAUUUAGACCCAAAUGGAAACCAGACCGAAAAUUAAAACUUACACGCAGCUUUAACCGUAGCUGAAAUCAAAAGCUUUACCAGACUUUCGGGCAAAACAAAAAGCUUAACGAGACUUUUGGGUGCUAUGGAAAGAUUUAGAUAUUUCGAAACUCAUUCAUAGAUAUGUUCUGGGUACAUGGAAAAAUUAUUGGGAAAGUAUCGUUAUUUAUAUUCUUUUUAUCAAAAAUAAGAUUAUUGUGGAUUUUAAUAGAUAAAAUUCAAAAACGAAUUCGCUGGCUUGAACCAUUUGAAUUAAAAGUAAUUUAAAGUUGUUAAAAAUGUUUAAAGUAGUAUGGUAAGAAAAUUUUGACUUGGGGUGUGGGCGAAAUUCAUGCAAAAUAAACCCUUAAGUGCCCAUUGCUUUUAUAAUAUAAUUACAAGCUACCUAGACGUAUUUGGUAUUGAUCGAAAGCUUAGCCUAUGCAUUUUUUAUUGGUAUGGCCCACUCAAAUGUCCAGACUUAAGCCUUGAAGGAAUGUUUGUUCCACUAAACCAUACAUUUUCGUACAAACACGCUUUCUUAUUGGUCGAAAUUAAUUUUUAAAAUUUUAUCUGAAAUUAUUAUUUAUCGACUAUGCAUCGACCUCCCAAUAAAGUACAAAAUGGACUCAGAAUAGUACUUUAUCUUCUCAAAAUCAUACAACACUGUAUUGUAAUAGUAAAUAAAUAAACAUAAAGUAUAAUGUAAACAAAAACUAUUCAAAACUAUUCGCGUCACAUGUCUAAUAAAGGUCAAUUCUCAAAGUAGAUGAAUAGCGUUUAUAUAUUUAUGUACAGAUCAUUAUUGCAAAUAUAAAUGUGCCCAUCAUGUGCCACUUUGUUUGGUGGGAGAGCAAACAAUUGAGGACCUUGCCAAAGUCCCCUGAUCAAAAGUGUGUUAAUGCCAAAAAUUAAAACAAUAGCUAUUUGAAUGAAGAAAUAAGUUCAUUUGUGAUACAUCCGUCAUAAAUGUGGCAGGCCGCGGGUCACCCACCCCUGCAUUAAGCCUGGGAGCCCGAUUUUAUUUUCCGUUAACAUAGUGUGGUCUAAAACUACAGCAAGCUGUAUUGGGAGAAGGGAAGAGAAGUGGUGGAACAAAACUGGGGUAUUAAAAUUGUACAGCUGCUUAGUGACUUCUAAAAAUAGAUUUCAAAUGCCGGUUAUGGUAAGGGUUAGGGUUAGAUAAGAAUAAACAGGUCUGCAGUAGGCCUACUACAUAAUUAUUAUAGGAAACAGUGAUACACGCUCGCAUAUGUUGUAUUUCAUCAAUAAAAAUGUUCAUCAACAUGAUAAUGAUGAAUUUCAAUCAAUGAAUGAAUUGAAUUUGCCUAAGGUUCCCUGAUUUUUAUUAACUAGAAAUGUUACCGUUCCAUAGGAUUUUUUUUCCACCAUAUUAUUCAUCUUUGCCUAUGACAUCAUUUAUAAGCAUGAUAGUGCCAAAUCAAAAUGAAUGGCACUAAUGAAUGAAUUGAAUAAACCUAAGGUUCCCAAAUUUUAUUUUUGAAAAAAGGAAAACAAAAAUAAUAAUUUUAAUAUUAAUAAUCCCGUAUUUUUUUUUGCCACAAACUUUGCCACCCUUGCCCAAGCCUUUUUGAAAUUUUAUUUUUGGAAAUAUUGGACAAGUUGGUCAUAAUGCAGCUGUGAGCAGUGUUCGCAGAAGUUUAGUCAUAUAUCAUAUGAUGACAGCAAGACAUCGAGCAAGAAUGAAUAUCAGAUUGCCUGCUGUCAGACAGACUGACAGUUUGACUUCUGGUAGUCGUCCAAGAGCAUCAAUCACUUUUGGCUAAAACCAAAAAUAAACUGAAAGAUAAUUUUUUUGUUUCGUCCUAAACCGAAAAUAAACCUGAAGGUUGACUUUUCUGUUUUGCUUGAAACCGAAACUAGGCCGUAAGGGAUCAAUUGGCAACUUUCUGCACUGAAGCCAAAAUUCUGUCGGCCUCUCAUUGCCUCCAGGACCCCACAGAAGAGCAAUGUUUCCAGGCACAAAUAGGACUGGCAAGCCACCUGGCCACUCACCAUGGAUUACAGCCUUGGUCAUCUUCACAUGUAAAGGGCCAACAACACUGAUGUACUCGCUCUUGUGCCCUUCAACAAAAGCUUAUGGGUUCUAAAAAAACCACAACGCAUUCAUGGUUUAUUUGUUUGUCUCCUAGUGGUUGUGUCCCUUGUUAUGAUCAAUGUUUUCUUCCACAUUCCAGGUAUGGUAAACAUGAGUCAGAAAAUACGUAUGAACCUCUCUCAGCUGUUAGACCCGGAGCUUGUGGACAGAGAUGUUGUGGCUCUAGCUCAGCAGCUGGGACUCUCCAACUUAACCAAGACCUUGGUGGAGAUGAGAGUCAGCAAGGGCAGCCCGACAACUUUCCUGAUGGAAUAUUUUGAGGUAUAGGAUAUAAUAUAUAGGAUAGGAUAUAAUAUAUAUGAUAGGAUAUAAUAUAUAGGAUAUAAUAUAUAGGAUAUGAUAUAAUAUUUAUGAUAGGAUAUAAUAUAUAGGAUAUAAUAUAUAGGAUAGGAUAUAAUAUAUAGGAUAGGUAAUAUAUAGGAUAGGAUAUAAUAUAUAGGAAAGGAUAAAAUAUAUAGGAUAGGAUAUAAUAUAUAUAAAAAAUUGAAGACGGAUAAUAUGUGGAUACUUGGAUCAUAGAUCAUUUAGAAAUACUGUAUCAAUAUCACAUUGCUUGAACCUGUACCAGCAACUGUCGCUGUUGGAUCAUAGAUCUUCUAGCAAUACUGUAUCAAUAUCAUAUUGCUUGAACCUGUACCAGCAACUGUCGCUGAAAGCAAUCAUAUUGUUACGUUAUCGUCACAGCCAAUCAGAUUGUUACAUUAUCAUCACAACCAAUCAGAUUGUUAGAUUAUCCUCACAGCCAAUCAGAUUGUUACAUUAUCAUCACAGCCAAUCAGAUUGUUACAUUAUCAUCACAACCAAUCAGAUUGUUACAUUAUCAUCACAGCCAAUCAGAUUGUUAGAUUAUCAUCACAGCCAAUCAGAUUGUUACAUUAUCAUCACUGCCAAUCAGAUUGUUACAUUAUCAUCACAGCCAAUCAGAUUGUUACAUUAUCAUCACAACCAAUCAGAUUGUUACAUUAUCAUCACAACCAAUCAGAUUGUUACAUUAUCAUCACAGCCAAUCAGAUUGUUACAUUAUCAUCACAACCAAUCAGAUUGUUACAUUAUCAUCACAGCCCAUCAGAUUGUUACAUUAUCAUCACUACCAAUCAGAUUGUUACAUUAUCAUCACAGCCAAUCAGAUUGUUACAUUAUCAUCACAGCCAAUCAGAUUGUUACAUUAUCAUCACAGCCAAUCAGAUUGUUACAUUAUCAUCACAGCCAAUCAGAUUUUUACAUUAUCAUCACAGCCAAUCAGAUUGUUACAUUAUCAUUACAGCCAAUCAGAUUGUUACAUUAUCAUCAUAGCCAUUCAGAUUGUUACAGUGAUUUCUGUGCAAGUUGUUCAGUGCACCAAACUAUUCUAAGACUAAGAUUAUAUCAGGCGUAGUAAUCUAAAAUAAUCUUUUUCAUCAAACAAAACACAUCCUGUUGAUAUAGGAGGAUACAUCUUGCCAAACUCAGUCAAAUUGAGACCAUUAAUGUAUUUGGCUAUGCGUCGAUUCUGUCUAACCUCAUACAUUUCUUAUCUGAAUCCUCAGACGGUUGAUGGCGACUUGACCAAACUGAGAGAAAGUCUCCUGGCGAUUGGCAGAGACGAUGGAGCUGUCCUCAUUCCACAUGUUGAUAAAUGAUUACUGAUUGGAUGACGUUGGGAGGGUGUGGGGUGGCAACUAAUGCUUUUAUUUCAACUAUUUUUGUUUGUGUUUCUAUUGUAACCCCAAGAGAUCAAAUACCAUUUAUUCAUGUCACAUGAUCGGGGUCUGUGGUGUGGAUCAGUGGGCUCGGUCGGUGGUCUGGAUCAGUGGGCUCGGUCGGUGGUCUGAUUAAGAAGUCCAAACUUUACGUUUUUCAAUUUAGAUUUAGGUGAAGUCAUUAAAUAAUUGUUAGGCACAUAUAUCCUAUUAAUGUAAAAAUCACAUUCAUAGUUUUUGCACUCCCUGUAAACCAGUAUGAGACGACCCCUUACUUUUGGGGUGGACCCUUAAAUUGGAAACAGCUGAUCUUAAGGACCGUUGAUGUAUGCUUUCAUGCUGAUAAAGUCUUUGUAAAUAAAAGUUUAGGUAACUGUACAGAAUAAAACUGUUUUGUGUUGAGUUAUGAUGUUGGGGAUAAACAUCUGCUCUGUUCGUGUUAUCAUGUCUGAGAUGUACCCACAGAUAGUUGGAGAUAAACAUCUGCUCUGUUGGUGUUAUCAUGUCUGAGAUGUACCCACAGAUAGUUGGAGAUAAACAUCUGCUCUGUUUGUGUUAUCAUGUCUGAGAUGUACCCACAGAUAGUUGGAGAUAAACAUCUGCUCUGUUUGUGUUAUCAUGUCUGAGAUGUAUCCACAGAUAGUUGGAGAUAAACAUCUGCUCUGCUGGUGUUAUCAUGUCUGAGAUGUAUCCACAGAUAGUUGGAGAUAAACAUCUGCUCUGCUGGUGUUAUCAUGUCUGAGAUGUAUCCACAGAUAGUUGGAGAUAAACAUCUGCUCUGUUGGUGUUAUCAUGUCUGAGAUGUAUCCACGGAUAGUUGGUGUUAUCAUGUCUGAGAUGUAUCCACGGAUAGUUGGAGAUAAACAUCACUUUUAAUGUGUACUUUUGUUUCAAUGUAAUUUCAUGUUUUUGUUUACCUUUUGAAAUGUACACUACAGCUGAAAUGUACACUACAGCUGAAAUGUACACUACAGCAGCAAUGUACACUACAGCUGAAAUGUACACUACAGCUGAAAUGUACACUACAGCUGAAAUGUACACUACAGCUAAAACAAUUUACUCUACAAUUGAAAUAUACCCUGUCCUGAUACCUUCUGUUCCACAAGAUGGAGACCAGCACAAUUUAUUCCAAUGAAUGCCUUGUAUAUGUGUGACAGAAAUCUUCAUCAUAUUGCAUAGGAUUGUGGGGAACUGUAGACCAUUACAGAAUCCGUGAUCCAUAAUCUUUGUAUGGCAAAAUUUCAGGCAUUGUAAACAAUUUUAAGUUUUCUUCCCUUAAAACCUCGGACAAAGUAUCCCUAGUUGUCCAAACUCUCAUAUAGAUAUUAUAUACAGAUAAAAUUAACAGUGUUGAUAUGGCUCACACAGUGUUGAUAUGGCUCACACAAGUUGUUGUAAUUAAUUAAACAUAAGCAUCUGUAAAUGUUUUCUUUUAUGCUGUUUCCUUCUCGCUCUCUAUCUUUUUAAUUAUAUUUUUUGUGUUUACCUGUGUCAUGAUUACCUGUGUGAUGAUUACCUGUGUCAUGAUUACCUGUGUGAUGAUUACCUGUGUGAUGAGAAUAAAUAGGAGGUCAUGAAAUAAAGUCUAUUCAUCAAGUUUAUGAACUUUAUGUAAGUGAAAGUAGUUGAACACCACCACUGUAGCCAACACGUACAACAAUUAUACCUUACCCAAAAUCCUACCAUUUAAACAUCACCAAGUUAUUCCAUUUUAAUAACAAUUUUUUUGUACACUUGAGAUUGUCACAUUUUGUAUGUUCACUCGAGAUUGUCACAUUUUGUAUGUUCACUCGAUAUUGUCAAAUUUUGUAUGUUCACUUGAAAAUUCAAAAUGUCACAUUUUGGAUGUUAACCUGAGAUUGUCACAUUUUGUAUGUUCACCUGAGAUUGUCACAUUUUGUAUGUUGACUUGAGAUUGUCACAUUUUGUAUGUUGACUUGAAAAUAUCACAUUUUAUGUUAACUUGAGAUUAUCAAAUUUUGUAUGUUGCGUGCAUCAAAUAUAAAAUAAUUGUGGAAAUAGAGCUGUCACUUUUGUAUUGUCACAACUCAUGGGCCAUUAGAUCACUUGUGAGCAGGGCUGGCAGCGCAACUCAUGGGCCAUUAGAUCACUUGUGAGCAGGGCUGGCAGCGCAACUCAUGAUGGGCCAUUAGAUCACUUGUGAGCAGGGCUGGCAGCGCAACUCAUGGGCUAUUAGAUCACUUGUGAGCAGGGCUGGCUGCGCAACUCAUGAUGGGCCAUUAGAUCACUUGUGAGCAGAGCUGGCUGCGCAACUCAUGGACCCUUAGAUCACUUGUGAGCAGGGCUGUUGACAUUUUCCAUUUGAUUGAAAAUUAACUUGAUCUUUCAAUGAACGUAUCUAUCCAUUGAGUGAGAGAACAAUCAUUGACAUCAAGUAUUGUUGGUCCCAGUCUUAAAACUGAUCAUUUUGGAUAAUAUGUCAUCUUAUCCGACAGUUAGCAACAUUCACGCAAGGAACUCACGUUGAUGUCAUGUCCUUGUUGAGAUGUCAUGUCCUUGUUGAGAUGUCAUAUCCUUGUUGAGAUGUUGAUAUAAGAUGAUAAAAAAUUGUUAAAUGGAGUGAAAUAGUUUAUUUUGAUCGCACCUAUACGUCAGCAAAACGUGAUGCUUGACAUCAACUGAAGGUCAAGGGCAGGGAUCUAACGCAGGGUCGGUAACCACUAAUGGGUGAAAGCCAAUGUUUUAAAAAAAAUCGAUUAAGAAAAUAUUUGGGUAGCCGUAGGCAGUGACGGAUUGUUUAAUGUCUUUAUGGAGUACUACCGUCCAAAGAAAACGAACCCCAUGUCUAAACAUUCAUUCGUAGGAUGCAUGCAUCUGGGGCUCAUCGAAUGGCAACAGUUUAGUCUAGUACUUUCAAGAUUAACUUGAAUAAAGUGUUCUCUGUGGUUUAAGCAGAUGGGGUGGGGAAAAAGGGGAAGGGGGUUCAAAGGUUAACAACCCUAGCUAAAAGUAGUUUAAAGAGUACACUUUUACCGGAAUACUUUUUUUUCUAAUGGGC